AUAAAGCUUACAAUGAAUGAUGUGUUCUACUGAGCGACCCUAGUUUAAAGAUAUAGUAAGCACAAAGUGUUUUACAUAUGUAUCUAUUGUGAUGAAGCUAGUGGCGAAACGUCCCCUUUUUUUAAUCGGUUAUUAAAAAGCUGGUAAAAAAGCAGGCCUGGACUCUUGGUCCCUUUUCCCUUUUCGUUUCAAACCAGCAGCAUGGGCUUAUUUUCUUGGUUUAGUACAACAGACUCGACAUCUGUCGAAGGAUUAGACAAUGGCAUUCCUCAAAAGACACAAUGUUAUCAUAUUGAAGGAUUUUUGACAUGUUCGUACUUUACAAACGCAGUACAGAUGGGUGACAGAUUAUCCGCCAAGCACCCAAACGUUAAAGUAGAUGUGAGUGCAUAUAUCAGAGAGCAAUGGAGCGAACGUUCUCGAGAAUUACAGCAGGAAUUCGAAACAAAUCAUGGCACAUCACCCUUCAUCUACGAAGGAUGCGAUAUUAACAACCAAAACAUGAUUGGCGGUUAUACAGAUUUUGCUGAAAAGAUAAAGGCAACUUACAAAAUGGAUUAAAACACAGCUUUUUUUUUUUGUUUGGACUGUCAUAUAGUCAUAUAAAAAAUAAAUUUUUUAUUCUAAGCCACUAA